AUGGAGCCUGUUCCUGAGACGGAGCGGAUGGAGGAGUUCCGACCUGCUCUUGUCUCCUCGUCUCCUGUGGUUCCCCCAACCGCUCCCGCUCUGCGGAUUCCUAAUCCAAACUCCGUCUCGACCCUCAACAUUGACCUGCCUCGAAAGCCGCCAAACCUGAGACGCAGCACCGACCCUAGUCCGACAUCGCCAGCUUCACCCUCGUGGUCCACCACCACCUUCAUCCCAUACCGCCCACGCACUACCUCUCCCCUCUCUGGUGCUCAUUCUCGAUCCCGCUCCACCACCAGCCUGGCGCCCCCAAUGUCUCGCACUCAAUCCAUGCCCGGAGUCAACGGCUCGGGCCAUAUUCUCUAUUCGCCCCAGCGACGCCAAACCAGUCCCUCAGGAUCUCCGAGCCGCGUCCGAAUCCCGCGGAAGCCUGCCGAUGAGGCCUUUCCGCCAAUUUCUCCUGUUCGAACAUCUGUACUGGAACCCGAGCGGAGGCACGGGGAGAGGCGAAGCAGCUCCCCCAUCCUAGGCUUCUCAUCAAGCACUCCUGCUCGCCUGCGUCGGCCAUCGUCCCCUCUGAGGACCAUUGCAUCAUCCAGCACCGGCUCCUUGGCAACCUUUCCUCCAACUCCAUCCUCAUCAAUCUCAUCUACUUCGUCGUACCGGAGCUACGAUGCUCUGUCGGGGAGCUACGGAACCACUUACUCAUCAGUCCCUUCAACACCAACUUCAACCAGGUCACGAAGCCCCAGCAUUUCUAGCUUGGAGACUAUUCCUGACACGCCUGAUGCCGAAGAAGCUGCGUUGGAAGCCGAGCGAAUUGCGCAGCUCAAAGCUGCCGCGGAUGCCGCCGAGGGUAACGACUCGUCGGACUCAAAGGGGAAAGAUGGGCAGCCCCGGGGACGCACAAUGGGAUUUGGGUCCAGAGACAAACGGAAGCGUUGGAGUGUAUGCGGAGCGGAGCGGAGAGGGGAUCUCGAUCUAGAGACGAUUUGGGAAGAUUGA